CCGCGGCGGGAGGCCCGGGGCCGCGAUUUAACGUUCCUAAUUAAUGCUCUUGAGUUAAUUAACAUCCCCGCCUUAAUUAACCCGCCGGGGGAAGCCCUUCGGGUCCCUCUCCGGGCCCGCGAGCCCCGCGUUUGGCGGGGGGAGGCUCCCCACCCUCGCUGUGAGGAGGAGGAUGGCGGCCGGGGCCGGGCAGCUGCGAAGCCGGGGGGCGGCGGGAUGAGGCGACCCUACACAAACAAAGGGGCGUGGCCGUGGGGCAAGGCCACGGGGGUGUUACAUCAUCCGGGGGGGCGGCCUCCCCCCAAACCCCGCCCCCUCCCCGAAGCCAAAGGGGGGGUCCCGGCCUCUUUGCCCCCCCCACUUUCGGGGGGGGGGUCUAUGAGGGGGUGUCCCCAUAAAGCGGGGGGGGGACCCCGAGGCGGAGGAGAGCGGCGGCGGUGGCAGGGAUGCUGAAGGUCCUCGGGAGGCUGGGGGGGCGCCUCCCCCGCGCCCCCCCGCGGCGGGGGCUGAGCUCGGGGGGGUUGGGGGAGGCCGUGGGGGGGUUGGGGGAGGCCCUGGCGGCCCUGCCCCCCCCCGCCCGCAGCUUCCUGGAGGAGGGGGUGCGCCUGUGCCGCCCCCGCGACGUCCGCCUCUGCGACGGCUCCCCCGAGGAGGGGGCCGCCCUGCUGGCCCAGCUGCAGGCCGAGGGCAUCCUGCACCCCCUCCCCAAAUAUGAGAACUGCUGGCUGGCGCUGACGGACCCGCGGGACGUGGCGCGGGUGGAGGGGCGCACGGUGCUGGUGACGGAGCGGGAGCGCGACGCCGCCCCCCCCCCGCCGCCCGGGGGCGCCCCCCGCCAGCUGGGCAACUGGAUGAGCCCCGCCGCGCUGGAGCAGGCCGUGCAGGAGCGCUUCCCCGGCUGCAUGCAGGGCCGCACGCUCUUCGCCGUGCCCUUCAGCAUGGGCCCCCCCGCCUCGGGGCUGGCGCGGGCGGGGCUGCAGCUCACCGACUCGCCCUACGUCGCCGCCUCCAUGCGCAUCAUGACGCGCGUCGGGGCCCCGGCCCUGCCCGCCCUGGCCCGCGACGACUUCAUCCGCUGCCUGCACUCCGUGGGGCAGCCCCUCCCCCGCGCAGAGCCGGCCCCGCACCCCUGGCCCUGCGACCCCGCCCGCACGCUGGUGGCGCACGAGCCCGCCCGCCGCCGCAUCGUCUCCUUCGGCAGCGGCUACGGCGGCAACUCCCUGCUGGGCAAGAAGUGCUUCGCGCUGCGCAUCGCCUCGCGCCUGGCCCGCGACGAGGGCUGGCUGGCCGAGCACAUGCUGAUCCUGGGCGUGCGGGACCCGGCGGGCACCAAGCGCUACGUGGCGGCCGCCUUCCCCAGCGCCUGCGGCAAGACCAACCUGGCCAUGAUGACGUCGGCGCUGGAGGGGUGGGGCGUCACCUGCGUCGGCGACGACAUCGCCUGGAUGCGCUUCGGCGACGACGGCCGCCUUCGCGCCAUCAACCCGGAGUGCGGCUUCUUCGGGGUGGCCCCGGGGACGUCGCGCCGCACCAACCCCAACGCCAUGGCCACCAUCCAGCGCAACACCCUCUUCACCAACGUCGGCCGCCGCAGCGACGGCGGCGCCUACUGGGAGGGCCUGGACGAGCCCCUCCCCCCCGGCACCACCCUCACCUCCUGGCUGGGAGAACCCUGGCAACCGGGCGACCCCGGGCCUUGCGCCCACCCCAACUCCCGCUUCUGCGCCCCGGCCGCCCAGUGCCCCAUCAUGGACCCGGCGUGGGAGGACCCCGAGGGCGUCCCCAUCGACGCCAUCAUCUUCGGUGGGCGGAGACCGGAAGGGGUGCCGUUGGUCUACGAGGCCUUCAACUGGCGCCACGGCGUCUUCGUGGGCAGCGCCAUGAGGAGCGAGGCCACGGCCGCCGCCGAGCACGCCGGCGGGCGGCUGAUGCACGACCCCUUCGCCAUGCGCCCUUUCUUCGGCUACAACGCCGGCCAGUAUCUGGCGCACUGGUUGGCCCUGGGCGAGCGGGGCGGGGCCCCUCCCCGCAUCUUCCACGUCAACUGGUUCCUGCGCGACGCCGCCGGCGCCUUCCUCUGGCCGGGCUUCGGGCACAACGCCCGCGUCCUGGCCUGGGUCUGCGGCGUGGCCGGCGAGGAGAGCGCCCGCCCCACCCCCGUCGGCCUGGUGCCCCGCCCCGGCGCCCUCGACCUGCGGGGGCUGCCGGGCGUGGCCUACCACGCCCUCUUCCCCUGCUGCAAGGCCUUCUGGGAGCGCGAGGCCCGCCAGCUCCGCGCCUACUACGAGGAGAACUUCGGCGCCGACCUGCCCAAGGAGGUGAUGGCGGAGCUGGAGGCGCUGGAGGGGCGGCUCCGCAGGAUGUGAGGGCGGGGCCGGGCGGGGCCCUGGGCGUGCCCCCAUCACCGGAACUCGGGGCGGGGGGGGUGUGUGUGUGUGACCAGUCUCUGCUUGGGCGGGGUCAACCGCUACGUUGGGAGGGGUCUUCUUCCAUGGUGGGUGGGGUCAACCGCUACGUUGGGCGGGGUCUUCUUCCAUGGUGGGUGGGGUCAACUGCUACGUUGGGCGGGGUCUUCUUCCAUGGUGGGCGGAGUCAACCGCUAAGUUGGGCGGCGUCUUCUUCCAUGGUGGGCGGGGUCAACCGCUAAGUUGGGCAGGGUCUUCUCCCGCGUUGGGCGGAGUCAACCACUACAUUGGGCGGGGUCUCCUCCCAUGGGGCAGCGGCGGCCAUCUUGGCUGGGUGGCCGCUGUCAUUGGUUGCCCAGCGACGGUUGGUGGGCGCCAUUUUGGACAAGUGACGGCCGCUGCGAGCUGCUGCCCACCGCCCUGAUUGGCUGGCUCUCCCCGCCCUUCUGUGAUGUCACGACCCCUCCCCGUUGAGCUCAGGGCCGCCGCCAUUGGUGGCUACCGCCCCCCCCGCCCCACCGGGCUCUCCUCUGAUUGGACGCCGGCACCGCCCCCCAGCCUCCCGUUGGUGGCCUCUCGACCAAUGACUGUGGAGCGACGCCCCCACCCCCUGCUGUCGAUUGGCCCCGCCCCCUUUCCCUGUUGGCUGGCGACCUCACGCCCGCCGCUCCCAUUGGCCCCCUGGGUGGGUGGGGCCUUGCCUAAUGUGCCUUGGGUGGGGCGGGGCCUGCGUGGACCAAUAAAAGAGCCCCUUGCUGGGGGGUCAGGGUUCA